AUUCAAACCACAACGCUCACAUUCCCCACCAGGGUCCAAACCACUCAAUCGUCCUCCCUUACUCUAUCCAAACUCUGCAAAAUACCGAUACACCAAUAAUGCGACCUUCGAUCCCCUCCUCAGCCUUGCUCCGCGCAACACGCUCCCUUCUAUUCCCCUCCUCGAUACACACGCUUGCUUUCCGGGACUCGGCGAAGAAUACGAUGCGCUCCUUCUCUGCGCUGACGAAUCGAACCUCGGUGUUUGGGAAGGGAAUGGGGGUUUGGAGGACGGCGAUGGGGUGUGCGAGUGCGAGGCUUGGGGGAUAUGGGGUACUGCAGCAGGUGAGGGGCAUGAAGGUUAGGAGUUCGGUUAAGAAGUUGUGUGAGGGGUGUAAGGUAUGUCGGCGUCUUUUCUUGUUCUUUCAGCCCUUUUGGUUUGGUUUGGUUUGGGGAGAGGAAGGGGGUUUGGGGCUGUGUGAUUGGGGUUGUUGGGAGGGAGGGUAGUUUGGAGAUUUGGGAUUUGGUUGGGAAGACUGGGAAGAUUUAUUCUUGGGGCUUUCUGCGAGUUUUUUUCGAACUUGAGGAGGAAAGAUUGGAGUCAGAGCGAGGAAAACCACAAUCCUAUGACCGCUCUCCAAAUUCUGUUCUUGGAAAUAUUCCGUAAAUAAGAGGCUAACUAUUCACCCAACAGAGCGUGCGAAGAAAGGGAGGGAAGAAAGGUCGUGGACACGUUUAUAUCAUCUGUUCCCUGAAUCCAAAACACAAGCAGCGACAAGGAAAGUGAGCGUUGCUCCUCCAUAUUAUUUACGAACCCAAGUCGUGGCGGGAGGGAGUUGUGCAAGGCACAAUCAAUUGGUGCUGUCGACUUCACAAUAAAUGGGAAGGUUGUAAGAUAAUCGAAGAAUCCGUCUGCAUGGCUCAGGCGUUCGUUAAAACUAGUUCAUUCUGAGCUUUUGGUGAGGAGGGGUUGAAGGUGGACGAUUCGUCCCGAGGCCAAUUGACGUGAUGGCUGCCUGGGAGAAGAUGUGCAUUUUCGAUGUACUGUAUGUACCAUAUGAAGAGCUCCGCGAACGAAGCUAGACUUUCCGUGGCUUCUGAGAACAAAUCUAAAUCACUUUUUGUGUAUCAAGAUAACA